AUGACAGGCGAAUUCAACUUUCACGAUUUCACCAACCCCUACCCUGCCUCGGGCGUCCCGCCCUUCGCCGAAGGCCUGGGUAACCUUCAACCUCUCCAGCCUAACCCGCAACCCACCUACGCACCGCCUCCUGUAUCUCAGCAGCACAACCACCACUAUGCUGCUCCCACGCCUUCUGCCGCCGAGACCAGAACUCCUGAGUCCUUGAACGGAGUCAGCAGGCCCGGCCACAGCUUCGAGGAGCAGUCUCGCGUUGCCGCAGAGGAGGAUAAGCGCAGGAGAAAUACCGCCGCCAGCGCCAGGUUCCGCAUCAAGAAGAAGCAGCGUGAGCAGGCUCUCGAGAAGAGCGCCAAGGAGAUGUCGGACAAGGUCUCGGCUUUGGAGCAGCGCAUCAACCUUCUCGAAACCGAGAACCGCUGGCUCAAGAACCUCGUCAUGGAGAAGAACGAGGGCAGCGAGGACAUUGCUUCUAUGCUCAAGGAAUUCCAGAACAAGCAAACCAAGACGACCGCGACAUCUUCGGACUCUCUCAAGGCUGAGGAGGCAAAGUAG